UUGAAAAGUCAUUUUCGCCGAAGUUUUUGCUUGUUGUUGUUUUUUGUGGUGUACCUUGUAUUUACGAAAUAAUUCAACUGCAAUAUUUGUAGUAAAAAUAACAUAAUGACUUCUAAUAAUCCCCUCGUACCAGUUAUCACUAUUCAAUGUGACUGGAACGAUGUAAUAAGACUACCCAAAGAAGAGGCCUGGAUUUCAUCUAAGAUUUUGAACCAAACUAGUGUUCAUGAUAAACUGAGAACAUCAGUAAAUAUGGCUGAUAAGAAAAUUAAAAUUGACUUUACUGAUAAUUACCAGUAUAUUUCUCAUGGAAACUUGAAUUUAGUGGUGAAACAUAUUCCCUCUGGCUUAAGAGUAGCUUUUGUGGCUCCUACGAAGGUGCAUAACAUUCACAAGAAGGCUGUUUUAUCGGUUGCGGCAGCAGAAAACUCUUUAGCUGUGUCAUCAUGUGAAGAAGACAAGCUUUUAGUCUGGGACAGUAGGACAAGUGAAAUCUUGCUGGACCUCAAAGGUCAUGGAGGGCCCGUAUACAAAUGCAGAUUUUUUCCAUCUGGCAUUGUAGUGCUUUCUUCCGGAGCUGAUGGUUCCAGUAGGAUUUGGUCUGCCGAGACUGGUAUAAAUCCAGUUACUUUAAAAGGACACACAAUGGCUAUCACUGAUGUGUGUAUUAUUGACAAAGGUAGAAACGUCAUCACCGUUGGCAAGGAUGGCACAGGAAAGUUGUGGGAUGUUGGCCAAUCAAAUUGCCUGGGUAACGUUUUAGAAGGCUAUGGUCCAAUCAAUUGCUGUGCUUUAGCAACUACAGAUGAAGUAAUUCCUGUAGAAAAUGAAAGAGAGGUAGGAACUGGCAACAAAUUGCUGUUGGUUGGAUGUGAAAGAGGUUUGAUAGUAUGUGCAAAUGUAGCAAAAAGAGAAGUAAUCUAUUGCAAGCAGUUUAAUUCAGCUUGCAACUCCUGCAUAGUGAUGGAUCAAACAGCUAUAGUUGGUUGUGCUGAUGGAAAGGUUUUCCAGAUGACCGUCAAAGAGGGAACCAUCCUCAAAGAAUGGCACGAAUCUGCCAAUCCAGUGCUAAGCAUUACUUCACUUCCCAACCAGCUUUUUAUUGUGGGUCGCCAAGAUGGAACCUGUACCGUUUUUUCUUUGUAUGAAGCCCACAGCAAGAUUCGGGUUUGCCUUACGGGAUCUGAUUGCGACGGCAUUAGAGACAUCACAUUCAACGGAAAAUGGAUUCUGACUGGAUGUAGAGACUCCAACAUCAGGAAGUAUGAUUUCAAUCAAAUCACUGUUCAUUACAAGUAAAAUAUGAAUUAAUUGUUAGUUAAUAAAUAUUUAAGUUUAUGUAUUUAACGUAAGAAUAAAAACCGAAUAACAUUUUAA